AUGCAGCUCACGUAUCCUGAUCUCGUUCGUCGGCUGUAUGACCUGGAGCGUCUUGCUGAGCCUCCAAGCCCCGAGGAACAUGGUGGAUGUAUGUCGAGUUAUGACCGACGGUCUCAAUACGACCCAGAAACCGACACCUACAUUGACUGGGAUGCCAACGACGACGGCCGUGGAAUCAUUCGUGAGGAGGGUGAGUGGGUCGUUGCCUUUGAACAGCAAGGCCCAGGAGUCAUCUGGCGGACUUGGUCUGCCAUGCCAGACGUUGGACACAUUCAGGUUUUUAUCGACGAUGAGGGUCACGGCCCCCCCGCGAUCGACAUGCCUUUCCGAGACUUUUUCGAUCGCUUUCAAGGCAUGCCGCACAAUUUUCCUUCAAUUGCACCAAAUUUAUCCCGCGGCCGCAACAGCUUCAUCCCUAUCCCUUACAACAAGUACGCAAAGGUGCGUCUUGGACCAGGCUGGGGUGCCUACUACCACUUUACGUAUACCAAAUUUCCCAAGGAUACUAAACUGCCCCUGUUUGAUGGAAACUUCGAUAGGCAAAGCUGUCUGGCCCUUGCUACUGCCGACCGCGAACUAGGUCGGCGUGGAUGGUCAGCCCUUCCACGGGCCAAGGGCGACACUUUGGAGACACUGACUGUCACCCUACCACCUGGAAAGACACAAGCUAUACGAGAAAUCAUUGGUAACAGAGCCAUUAUGGGCAUGCGCUUUGUACCACUUGAUCUCCCAGAGUCAUCCCAGGAUGUGGCCCGGGUACUCCGGGAGCUAGUUCUCCAGAUCAUAUGGGACAACGAUAAGUCUCCAAGCGUCUGGGCACCCCUGGGAGACUUCUUUGGAAGUGUUCCCGGUAUUCAGACCUACCGGUCCCUUCCUCUUGGCUCGACGGACGGAGGAGGAUUCUAUAGUCAUUGGUUCAUGCCAUUUUCCGAUCGUGCGCUACUCAAAAUAACGAAUGAUGGGAAAAAAGAAGCAAAAAUCUUCCUUACCAUCUGCCACCGCUCACUGGAAAAGUCAGCUAAGAACAUGUUACGGUUUCAUGCCAAAUGGCACAGAGAUGCCUUCCUCGAGCGGCCGAUCAGCCAGGGCCGAGAUAUUGAUUGGCCGCUCUUGAUUGUGGACGAUGGGCCGGGUCGGUUCUGUGGCGUGCAGAUGCAUGUUUGGAAUCAUUGGCAAGAACCAAAAGUACCAGCAAAAGACUGGUGGUAUGGCGUCGGUGGGGAAAAGUCAAUCGACUGGUGGUGGGGAGAAGGAGAUGAGAAAUUCUUCGUGGACGGCGAAAAGUUCCCGUCAACCUUUGGAACAGGUUCCGAGGACUACGUCGGGUAUGCGUGGGCUGCUGAGCCCCCUUUUCCAACUUUCGACAGUGCUUACGCUUGCCAACCCUACAUUGAGCUCAACGCCAAUGGUCACACUUCAGUCUGCCGCUUCCACAUUUGUGACGAUGUGCCUUUCCAUGAAAGUUUCGAAGCUUGCAUUGAGAAGUACAAACCAAACAACUGGGGGCCUGGAAACGAAUGCUUAUAUGCCGUGGUGGCGUACUGGUAUCAGAGGGCAAGGGGCUUAGAUGCCUACGAGAGCAUACCGAUGAAGGACCGACAUAUCAACCACCUACAGCAAUCCUGUCAACUGGAAGCAUUGGAAGAUGGCAGAAAAGAAUUGUGA